ACCACAAACAUUCUAGGAAUGCAUGUAUGAUGAUGGAGGAGCUUUGAAGUCCUUCAUCAGCUUUUAAAACUAAAAAUACACGAGUCUGAACCAGUUCAGCUGUUUUGUUCACCAGUUUAGCAGCGUCCCCUCUCUCUAUCUCUUUUUGUGUGUCUCUACCCUCCUCUUCUUCCCAGCAGCCUUCACUCUACACUCGUCUCAAGACUAUCAUCUCACAAUCUCUCUCGUCUGCUGUGUAACCGGACCCUCCACUUACCCUUCGCCCCUUCUCCUCUCUUUUAUUAGGCAGACCCUAUUAGCUACUUUCAAUCACUCACACAACAACCAGGCAGUGACUAGCUCUCUAUCCACUACACAGUACUACAGUCCUUAUAUUAUACACACUCACACACACUCAUCAACACUGAAACGAAUGACCCCUGCCUUCUCCUCUUCUUUACUUUGAAAUGACGACCAUUGAGCUGGAAUUUACUACUAACAUGAUGUCUAAUCAAGUUCUAGGAGGGGGAGGAGGUCAGGCUCCACAGGGAGUCACUGUACGAAUAAUGCAACCUGGUGUCCCUUCUGCUGGAGUGAGUGAGAGGGACAAGCCUGCUGCAAGGACACAAAAGUUAUCAGCUUUCGAGCACAACGAGGGAUUUGAGGUGUACAAGCCAAACAUGUUCACGAUAACUGCUUACUUACCCAAUGAUGGAAGGGAUGGAGAAAAGAGACUGAAGCUCCAGUGCUAUCCUGGUAUGACAGUCCAAGAGGUCAUAGACUCUCAGAUUCCGUCUGUCACACACAAGCCUUAUGUUGUUUAUCAGUUCCCAUCAAGAGCUUUACUUAAUCCAGAGAAAGAAGCAAGCAUGCUCCAGGAUCAGGAGAUAUGGAUCGAACCAGCUCACAUGUUCAUUCAAGCUGAAGACAGUGGUGGGGAUGAACGGUUAGCUAUUGUGAGGGAGCUCUUUCGUACUGAGGACGCUUACCUUGAACAUCUCAAGAAUAUAUUUGACAUCUACAUAGACCCAAUGAGCAGACAUUGGGGCGUCUCACAAUCUGAUAUGAACACUCUGUUUGUUCCUUUGAGCCGAUUGUGUGAUCUACUGAUGAACUUCUUCUCUGAGUUGGAGUUGGCAGUAAAGUCAUGGAACACUAACACUACACUCAUUGGUGGCCUCUUCACACAGUAUCCAUCAUACUGGGAGAUGUACAUUGAAUAUGCACAGAGCUACACUCUAGCAAUGAAUUUGUUGAAGCAGAUGAAGAAAGACGAGUCAUUUAGCAAGUUCUUGGACAUCAAGAGAGGAGCAGCAAUGCACACACUGGAAUCACUAAUGCUCUUACCAGUUCAGAGAGUGUCGGAUUACAAGAGAUAUUUGACUCAAUUGCUAGCAUUGACACAUCGUAAUCAUCCAGACUAUCAAAAUAUAAGAGUCACUGUCGCCAGAACUGAAGAAAUCAUACAAGCGAGGGCUGAUGAGUUACUUUACCUGCAAAACGAAUCAAAACUGGAACAAGUCCAACUCCACUUUCCAAAUGAUGAGCUGUUCCUCUUUGAAAAACUUGACAUGAUGGACGCAUCAACUCCAAAGAGAUCAAGAAGUUUGAGUCAUGCACAGCCACCAGUUAGCAAGUCCUCUUCGGCACUAACUCCUACCAGACAAAAAUCAAAUUCACAUCUUCCUGAACACACUGAUAAUCACCCAGUCUCCUCAAUACCCUCGUACAGGAAAGCUCAGAGACUCUACAUUCUAGAAGGACCAGUCAAACUCCUUGGAUUUAAUAAGCACCAGCAACAAGAUCGUUAUUUGUUCCUCUUCAGUGAUUUACUUAUCAUUGCAAAGCCUGGAAAAUCAUCAAGGACUCAGCAUCAGAGAGUAUUUAAACUCAAGAACCGGCUCCGUCUGUCUGAGGUCUGGGUAUCAGAGUCUGUACAUGAUGCAUCGUCGCAGCAUGAGUCAGCAUUCACCAUCGGCUGGCCCAUCGUUAAUUACAUUGCUCUCUUCAGUGAUCCUCAAUUGAAGGAGUUGUGGUAUACUUCACUUUUGAAGCAAGUUAACCAGCAGAGGCAGUUGUCUGUUUCUGACUCUGUCUCCAUUAGGAUACUAAACAUGAUCAGGUCUAGCAGUCAACAGCUUAGUGUUAGCGUAAGUUUUAUGCUCACCGACAUGUUUACCAUUACUAUAAAAGUACCAGUCACCAUAUGGCACUACUAUACACUAUAAAAGCAUUUUUAUUUACC